AACAGAUAUGUGAUACAGCCAUACAUUAUCUGGAUGGUGCAGUCAGUCACCUAAGGGUAAGUUGAACACCCUUACGCAAUAGCUAGUUGCCUCUAAUGGUUAUUUAAAGUUGUUGCAAUAUGAUUAGACGGAGCAUGUUACAAAACAACUUUAAUUAUACCCUUUGGGGCAACUAGCUAUUGCGUAAGGGUGUUCAACAUCUAGCUAAUCUAUGGCUGGAUCACAUCAUGGUUAAGUGCCGACCAACGCACCUCCUUAUGUUUCUAAAAUAAUCUGGACCUGUAUUGUUUGAGUGAUUGACUGGAGGCCCUGUGUGAAUUAUUCAGAGUAGGCUGUUCACUUAGGAGGCUGUGGUUGUCUUUCUGCUCCCCUCGGUCUCUACUGUACACAGCCUUUCCACAAGCAGGUGUCCGUGGAAAACGGCUACCGUUUGCAGUGUGUCUUUUUGGUUGGUUUAUUUACAUGAAACACGUUUGUGAUUUCGUGCUACGCUGACAUUUGGAGUAGUACUGCAGUUUUUGGUUGUAACCAUUGCUGAUAAUUCUGCAUCAUGUGGUAAGUACAGAUUGCUUUACACCAUGAAUGUGUGUCUCUGUAUUAAAAAUAUGACCAACUGUAAUGUUAUAUGGAUUUAGAUUGCCAAUUUGAUCAUGUAACUCAGAUUUGAAUGAGCACCCAUUUUACCAGGCACAUGCUACAUAAAAUGUUAUGUAAAUCAACAGUGACAUAUUUAGGUCAACAUCUCAUUUUGGAGACUAGUUGUGGGAAAAGGUUGUGAGGCCAAAUCUUUGUCAGACAAAGUCUAGGCCUACUUCUAAUCACCUUGCUUUUGCCUUGCUUUAGGCUGCACAAUAAUCGUCAGUGAUUAAGGGUUUAGUAAAAACAUUUGUCUUCUGCUGGAUGUGAGUUUAAUGGCUUGUAUCACAUUUCCUGGACCCUGUGUAGGGCCAGAGAGGUGCCAGGUUCAAGACUACCCUGUAGUCUGCACUAUGUCUUACUGUAGUAUAUGAUCCCCAGCUGAGGUCAGCAGUGGAUACGCAAACAGACAUGCAGUAUCAUAGUAUAUUUCUUUCAAUCUCCAUCCUUUAUCUACUUUGUAACUUUCCUUUCCCCUAUUUCUUACCCUGGUCCAAUAUCUGUUUGUGCUACCAUGCCAACUCCUAGGCUCAUUGUCAAGUACUUUGACGUUAUAUUUGCAAACCUAGUUUUGUGUAGGCUACAGGACCAUCAAGGAGUUAUCCCGCUGCAAGAUUAGUGCUAUCUCAGAGAAAUGGAGACAAGACGACUGAGAAGAGACAUUGAAGCCCUUCUGGGAGAUUACAUUGGUCAGAAACUGAGAGAGAAUGGCUUUGACCCCAAGGGGAAAGGAUCCACUAGCAUGCUGGAUGACCUGGCCCAUUAUGACUUGGCCAUAAGUGUUGCCCUUUGGUGGCUAGAGAAAGAGGAGCGACAUGAUGUGAUGGACAGAGACAUCGUUGGAGUGGGCAGCCCAGGUUAUAAUGACCAGUACCCCAACCACCUGGAGAGAGAAGCCAUGAUCCUUUCUUCCUUCGCUGGGAUGAUCCUGAAUAGCUUGCCUGUAAAAGACAUUCUUGCCCUCUACACCACCAAACCAUCUGCCGCUUAUCCCCACCAGCACUCCAAGAGCGCCAUUGUUCAUCCCUUCACCUUGUCCUAUCACCCGUUUGCCAUGCUGGGCUCAUUCAAGGCUGUGGACCACUCCAGAAAGCACACCCAGAAUUUGAAGCGAUGGCUGUCUGUGCAGGGUAAACGAGGUGCUGCCCCUGAUGGACCGAGGGCCUUGGUGCAGUCCUCCUCAUCCACAUCUAACUCCUUCCUCUGUGACAGUGGUGAGUCCUUGAAGGAACAAACAGAGCAUUAUGAAGUAUCACAAUAAUCUCUACACGAUUAAGGAAAGUCCUCUCCUCUUCUGUGUUACUACACCAUUAUUAUAUUGUUAUUACAGGGUUAUUCCUGUGUUAUUACACUGUGGGUGAAAUUUGUGAUGUCCCUGUUAUGAGCCUGCUACUACUGGGCCUUCACAUUCAAGGAACCCUGGCCAAUAGUAAGUAUCAAUCCUCCAGUGUGUUAUCAUAUCACUAGGGGUUUCGUCUAUAUUUGGUUGUAGUUCAGACCAUGUCCAUCCAUAAGGAAUACAAAUGUUUGACUACAUCAUAUACAUUACUGUACACACUUUACUGUACAAUAAACCAUCCACUGUCUGUAACAAAGUCGCCUAGUUAAAUAAAGGUUAAAUAAAAAAAUACAUAUGUAUAUCAGUUAUGUGACAAUCAGGCAUGUAGUGUUUAAGUGCAAAUUAUGGGGGGAAUUCUGACCCGAGUUAAGCACGCCUAAAUGGAACGUAAUUCCCUUUUUCUGCAUUUUUUUUUCUCUAUGCAUAUUCUGACCUUGAGAAUAGCAUGCCAAUCACCCGCUAUUCUUUUGGGGUGGAGAUCAAAGAAAGGAAGUUGUCAACAUAUACACUGUAUUCUGACUUUGACUUAAUUCCCUCAUAAUUCCAAUUCCUUUACACGUGAGCAAUCUGUCGGUUCCAAGUGGAACAACAUCUACUUUUUCCGAUAGAAAUAACAUAAUUAUCCAUGCAUGAUAAUUUACACUUUGAUAAGAGCUAUUGAUAAAAGCUAGGUAAAUUAGUAAACCGUUUGGAUAAGAGGAUUGUAAAUGUAAAUAACAAUUGUUUUAGAUCUAAAAUAUUUUACUUUGUGAUCACUGGAGACAUGUGAAACCAGUCAUAUGGCCUUAUAAUUUGCAGGGAUGACAUUUGGAGACGCAAUCAAAUGACAGUAUAGCGCCAAACCUACCGAGUUGAUUUAUGAUUUGUAGAAUGUUUUAAUUAUAUGCCCGGACUUUAAACUGUAUUUUUUUAACAAUUUAUAUCAUGUAAAAUAUUAGCCACUAUCUGGUAGCCACCGUCAGUAAUACCCACAUACAUGUAUAACUGUCACCUUAGUGUUUUUCUUACAUUUUGCAUCAUUCCAUUACAUCUUUGGUUUACCUUUCUUUCUUCUGUCAUGUUUAUGUGGUUGUUCCUGUGGAUCGCUAGGAAUAGUGGAUCAUAUUAGGCUAACGUAUUACAAGUUGUGCAAUAAUUCGGGACAUGUAGCCUUAUGGAACGCAGAUCAUAAGUAGCAGUUUAAACCUUGUGCCUGGAGCACGAUUCACGACGACUGGACCGUUGUCAUCACAGUUCCGUGAUUAGUGAGGAUCAUUAGGGUAGAUUUUUAGACUACUAUAUAGACUACUGUUCAACACCUAUUGUACACUUUUCUCACCUUUCAAUAUUUAAUGGCUUGAACAAUUGAAUAUGGUAACUUUCAGGAUGAAUCAAACCACUAUACAUUUAGUGUGUGAAGGCUCUCCAAACCAGUUUUUAUUAUUAUUCAAAAAUACUUUCCUACCCUAAAUACUAUGCAAGAUCAGAAUAUUUUGUUAAUCUACCAGUUGGUGAUGAAAAGGAGACUAAUAUGUACAUGGCUUUCUUUAAUUGAUCCCUAAUAUUCAGAAAUUCUAGUGAGUCUGUCGAGAGAAUUCUAAUUAAAGGUACACCAGUAGAUAAAUCUACUGAAAACCCUAUUGAAUGAAAUCGCCACGAGAAAAUCUGUUGUCCAGCAGUUGGGAGGGUUUUCAGCAGUUGAAUAAAAUUAAUGCUGCGUUCAUAUCAUGUCGGAAACUGACAUUUCUGACUUGCUAACCUAGGUGGAAGAGUUGGAUCUUGAGUUUCCCACUUGGAAGGUACCAGAAUCAACCAAUGGGAAGCUCUACGCAAAUAACUAAUGUUCAUUUUAACUGUGAUGUCCCGAGUUUCCGACAUGACGUGAACAAGCCAUUAUUCAGUGCGUGUAGGUGAAUCACGCCUGCAAAGCCCAUUAAGCACCUGCAUAAGGUAAGUCUGAAUACCAUCUACUAAGAAGUGCCUAAGAAAGGUGUACAUUUUCCCAAUUCUGAAUCGGGCCCUAUGUGAAUAUGGAAGUAUGGGAUGGUGGAACGGGAGCCGGGAUGUGGACAUUAAAUUAGGGUUAGGAUUGAAAUUAUGGCUAGGGUUAGAGUUAAGCUGAGGUGUGGUCAUUAUGCUUGUGAUAGGUGUUAUGCUAGUGUUAGGAUUGAGUUUAUGGCAUUGGCUAGAAUUAAGGUUGAGAUGUGGUGUGGCCUUGAAGCUAGGGUAAGGGUUGAGGACGAGGUUAGGAUGGAGCCGGUUUGUGGAAAUGAAAUUAGGGUUGAGCCGGAGGUAGGUUGAGAUACUACAUGAACCCAUAUCUCACCCUCUCUGUCACCAGAUCAUUAGACAGACACUUGGUUGCUUUGCCUUUGUGAUGACUUUGAACAUUCUGUGUGGUAAACAUUAAUCCUGUUUUGGCGGAUCAGUGGAUAAAUCUUUACAGUCUGAUUGGACAUAGAGAAAAAAAAGUGAGUGUCAGAUCUGGUCAGUAAUGUGCCCGCUAGGACUUUUAGCACUGAUGAAUCAGGGCUUUUAAAUCUACUGUAUGCCCAGGAUCAAGACUUUGGCAGCGCAGCCAGGCCACCAAAUCCCUGGUCAUUAAAAUAACAAAUAAAGUGGGAUCAGCCUAUCUGUCGAUAGAGGUUUAUAUAGUGGUCCCUGGGCCUGGUGAGCCAGACCAUCACUCCUGUAGAGAACGGGCUCCAGGGAGAUUUACCAGGAUGAGUAAGGUAAGACCUUGGGAGGAGGGGACACUUUCACUAUCUGUCUCUAUAUUGCAUUGUAAGAUAGUGGGCCGAACCAGUGUAGACUUCCUCCCAGUCCUCUGCUAACCGAUUGCAACUUAACCCAUGCAUCAUAGCAAACUACAUUAGGUCAAAGUAAGGCGUCAUGCCCAUAGGGGGCACAUGCAACAUCAGAUUUGUCCUGCUAAAAACAAUUAGGCCUGCCUUUAUUUGUUUGCUAGUUCUUUCUCUGUAAUAGGCUACUACUAGCCACAUAGCAAUUGUAUGAAGUUGGCUUUAGCUUGCCCAGAUAGGUUCCCAACCUCACAACUAGCUACCCCUGAAAUCAUUUCAGGCUAUCAAUCAAGUUAGAGUAGCUAGGUUGAUUAACUAUCUUAGCUGGUAUGCCUGCUGGCAAGGUUGGUAUACUUUAGAAAAGCAACCAAUAACUAAAUGUACUGAAUAAUACUCACAUUACUUUCAAUCUUUUACCCAGAUUUGAGCAGAGAAGAAUAUUUAGUUUCUUUAAACAAAAUAACCACCAGUCAGGACGAUGCAGACAGCUCAAGAGGUAUGCUUAGAUAUGCAUAAAAAUAGACGUGAUAUAUAUAUAUAUAUAUAUAUAUUUAUAUAUAAUGAAUCAUUCAUUCAAAA